AUGGGAAAUACUGUUUAACAUAAAAGAAGAAAUCCUGUUAAUUGUUUAGGAUGCAUGGCUUAAGACAAUGAAACAUUUGAUCCAAAUGAAUUAUAAAUAGGACUUGAUGUAGAUAAAGCAAGAGGUAUUUAAGUAAGUUAUUUUUAAAGGUCGAAUAACAUAAUAGUCUACAGCUUAUUUAACAGAAAGUGAGAAGAACUUUUUCAAAGCAGCUUCAGGGCGAAAUUUAGGAUUAAUUCGAUUUUACUUAAAUAAUGGAGUAAACAUUAAUAUUUUAGAUGAAGAUAGAACAUCUCCAUUGUAAGAAUUGAAAUUUAAUAUAAUAAUAAUAGACAUAUAGCAUCAAGAUAUGGAUCAAUUUAAAUAGUAGAAGAAUUAAUAAAAAACAAUGCUAAUAUAUAUAUAACAGAUAUGGCAGGAUGGACUCGUAGAAAUUAUUGUCUAAAUUUAAGCUUUACAUGUGGCAGCAUUUUAUUAAAGAGCUCAUGUGUGUUCAGUCUUACUUAAAGCAGGUGUAGAUUCUAAAAUAAGAAAUAGAGAAGGAAAUCUUGCUUAAGAUUUAGUCAGAGAUAAAAUGACCUCAGAAAUAUUUAAAUCUUCUUUUCAUCAAUCAAAUUUAUCUAUUGAAAAAUAAACAAACAAAAUUGAUCCUAUUUAGAAAUAGCAUGAAUAAUAUUUUUAGUUUCUAAAAUUAUAAAGAUUGUAAACUCAGUUUUAAUCAAUAGAAAAAAUCAAGAAUCUAAUAGUUUAAAUGAAAAAGCAUCAUCAGGAAAAAUAAUCAGUCCAAAUAUAUCUCCAACUAAAUUAAUUUCAUAAGAAAAAGAAAAUCUUGCAUAUUCAGAUUCAUUAUGUAAAUCUAAUAUAUCAGAAGCAAAUGAAUACAAUGAAAUUUAGGAAUCUUGUUAUAAAGAAUUAUCUUCCAAAAUUAAUCGUAAUUUAUUUUCUUAUUCUAACUCUAUUCCUAAAUUUUCUGAUGAAAUGGUAAUUAAUUUUAAUAUAUUAUUAGUAUUCUUUGAGUUAACUUGUAUUGAGAUAAAAUGAAUCUAAAGAGCUUGUCAACUUUCUUGAUUAAGUUAAAAUCAUUAAGCAUGAUUAUUAAUCUCAAAAUCUAGCUUUAGAUAUAUUCAAUUAUUCUUCUAUGCUGGGUUUAUCAUUUAUGAUAGCCACUUCAAUCAUUAAACCAACUACUUAAUCUAUUAUUAAUUGGCUAUUUUAAGAUAUUGAGUUAAAGAAUAAGGUUUAAAUAUCUAGGUAUUAUUUAAAUAUUAAUAUUAGAUUACUUUGCAACAUAAAUUUGCAAGAAUAACAAUAAAUUUUAAAAUUAUUUGUUGAUAAAGUAGUUAUGACUGAAAAUCUAAUUGAUUCCUUAUAAAGCUUAUUCAGUAAAUUAUUAGUUGAAGAUGAUCCUUUCUUACUUGACAUAUUGGUUAAAGAAUUUAGUAGACGAUUUUAUGAGCUUAAUUUUAAUUAGAAAUUUUAAACCUUUCCAUUCAAAUCUGAAGAAUCAUUACAUAUGUUCACUUUUGCACUUGUUAUUUUGGAUAUUUAAAAUAAUGAAUGUGAAAAAGAACAUGCUUUUUAAUGUUUCUUUCAAAAUAUUCAAAGAAUUAAUAAUGGUGAUAAUCUGAGUUCUAAAUUUAUUUAAUAAAUUAUUGAACAAUUACAAUCAAAAAAGAUAGUCAGAUUAAAUGAUUAAUUGAAUGAUGAUUUAUUAUAUCAUGUUUUCAAUCAUUAUUGUAAUCCUAUUAUACUGUAAGAAUUAAAAGAAGUAUUUUAUAGUUAAAUUAUAGAAUCAAAUUUUAAAAUGGAGAAUGUAUAUUAUUAGUGAUUUUUGCAUAUUAUUAACAGAUGGAAAAAUAAAGAUACUUUCAAAUUCGAAGAAUAACGUAUCUAUUAAUAAAUAAGAAGUUACAAUUUAAGGAAAAUAGAACUCUUAAUUAAUUUAUUUAGUUUGUAGAGAUGAUUAAACCUUAAUUUUAAAAAUAAAGAAUAAGAAACUCAAAUUUGUUAAACUUUAAUGA